CCAGCCAACUGUGCACUUUUCGUCCGAUUAUACUUGCUCGUUUAUGGUUGUUUACUUAUUGUGGUUUAUUGCGUUGGUAGCAAUGCAACCUUGUUGAUAACCCGUUAAUAACAUACAACAACUGCAAAUUAAAAUAAAUCAAAGUCACCAAAUCACUUCUUAUGGAUCCUUGGGGCUUGACCGCAAACGAAAGUACAGUCGUCGAAACCAAAUUUUCACGUCUGACCUUCGAAGACAAUUUCAUUCCAACAGUAAGCGACACCUUGCCGGAUUCGCAGCAAUAUUUAGCAAUAUUAGAAAAAAAACUCCACGACAUAAAAAAUGACCCCAAUGUGCUGAAGCAACUGAUCGAAAAGAGGGAAGCUUGCAUGCAGAAUUUACUCAACGGUGAGACGCACUUCGAGGAAAACAACGAUCUAGAUACCCCCGUGGGGAAUUCUCAGCUCAUUCGAACAAUUCUCCCGCAGAAACAAGCCCUAAAUAAAGGCGAAGUGGUGGAACUGAUCAACUACGAUCAAUUAGAGACCAGUGAUAGCGAGAAAGAGUCGGACACGAGCAGCAAUAAUGACAUCAAUUGACUUUUCAAAGAAAGCCAUCGUUUUAGUAACAGGGGCUUCUCGAGGUAUCGGCCGCACAAUCGCGCUUGAAAUAUCUCGAAACCUCAACCAAAACUCCAUAAUCGUUUUGUUAGCGCGCUCGGGAAACGACCUCGAACAAACCAAAACCCAAAUCCAAGAAGUAGACAAGUCGCUGACGGUCAUCACUCAUUCCGUAGAUUUAGCAACCGCUGAUGUCAAAACCUACGAACUCAUACUCGACAGCGUAACUACGUCGGUGGACACCGCAGGCAUCGAGUUCGGGAUCGUCUUCCACAAUGCCGGCACGACAGGAGAAGUCAAGCAAACGACCGACUUGUGUAGCUUUCAGGAGUGGAGGAAACACUUCGACCUAAAUUUGUUCUCAGCGGCGGCACUAAAUUCCGUUUUCGUUCGCAAGAUUCGCCCGAUUGCCCCGCAGUUGGUCGUCGUCAACAUAACCUCACUUUGCGGGAGGACGCCGUUCAAGAAUUUAGCGAUGUACGGCGCUUCCAAAGCCGCGAGGGAGAUGCUCUUCAAGGUGCUGGCUUUGGAGGAGCCCAACGUUGUUGUUUUGAACUAUUCCCCGGGGCCUGUCGAUACCAGCAUGUUUGAUGGAAUUAUAGCGACCGCGCAGAGCGAGGAGGUCCAAAACAGCUUCCGCAAGGUGAAGGAGACCACGAUUUUGACCCCAGAACAGACGGUGGGAAAGCUGUUGGGACUGCUGGAGAAAGGAGAUUUCAAGUCUGGAGACACUGUUGACUAUUUUGAUAGGAUUUAAAGAGAAUGUAUCUACUAUUUUUUGGAGGCUCGGCUUACGUAUAGGUGCACUGUUUAUAAAUAUAUAUAUAUAUAUAUAUAAUUUACACAUGUAAUAAUCGAUUAAAGCAUCAGUCAAA